UGACACUGACUGGUACUAUUAAGCUACAUUAUCACUACUCUGUAGCUCCUGGCAUCUCCACCCAACGCCUUUUCUAUUCAAAGUUGGCAUCAGAGGAAUUAUUUGAGGUAAGAGAUGAAGACAAAUAUUACCAUUAGGAUGUUUUAUGGCGUAUGUCGACUCAGUUUUCCCCCUCGCUCGCUCUCCCUUUUCUCCAUCUGUGCCACUCACUUUCUCUCUGUCUGUCUCCCAACGGGGAUGAAAAGGCAAGGAGAGAGAAAGGAGGAAUAGAAAACUGAGUGAGCGCUGUCAAUAGCAGUGAGUUCACUGCUAAUCUGGCUACACUACAAAGGUUAGCAGAUCUGACUGUCAAUAGUGUCUUGUGGGGAGGAGGGAGGAGACACGGAGGUGAGGUGGUGUAGGGAGGGGUGGUCGCUUUGAGAGAAAGAGAUACUUUGAUAUUUCGGAAUGUUAGAAGGGUGAAUGUGGAGAACUGGAGGUUGGGGAUCUAAUUACCGGGCCAUAAUUGGGGGCUGGGGAAUAGGUUGCCGUCCUCUCAACUCGCUGCAGAUCAAUUAUGUUAAGAGAACAUCUGUAAGUAGAGCUUAAUGAGGUCCAUUAGAGCAACAUGCGCUGCCUUCCCUAACGGUGCUUGUCAGCUUCUUGGAUGAGCUGGAGUGUGCUGCCGACUGGGGACCUUGUGGAGGGGCUUAAAUAGGAGAGGAGGCUCGACUGUGCGCUGCUUUUCCCUGUCAGAGAAACAGAGAGACACAAGCAGGGAAGGAGAAGGGGGAAAGGGAUGCUCUGUGAGAGAGCUGCAGGAGUCACAGAGCAGCAAGGGGAGCAGAGUUUAGGGUCAAAGCUCAACUAUUAACAGUUAUCAAACCAUAAAACUUUGGCGGCAAAGUUUUCUUUAGAAAAGCGGGAGCUGGCCGAGCUCUCAGAAAGUUACCUUCUGGAGAUUUUCAUUCAAAGUCAAGAGAACACAGAAGACACGAACCACGGCAGUAUUUGUUUUGGGCGUCCCUGGCUGUAGCUCCUUCAAGUCUGCCUGCAGACAGCUGAUCUCCGGUCCAGGCGGUUCCGGGUUGCAUGGUGGUGCUUCGGCUGCUCCAGCGGCUCAACAAAUGCAGAAAAGGGAGAAAAGUUUCGGUAUACAAAUGCUUUCCGUCCAGCCGGACACCAAGCCAAAAGGCUGUGCCGGCUGUAACCGGAAGAUCAAGGACCGCUACCUGCUGAAGGCUCUCGAUAAGUACUGGCACGAGGACUGCCUCAAGUGUGCCUGCUGUGAUUGCAGACUGGGUGAGGUGGGAUCCACUCUGUACACCAAAGCCAAUCUCAUCCUGUGUCGGAGAGACUACCUACGGUUGUUUGGUGUAACGGGGAAUUGUGCAGCCUGCAGCAAGCUAAUCCCAGCCUUCGAGAUGGUUAUGAGGGCCAAGGAAAAUGUCUACCACCUGGACUGCUUCGCAUGCCAGCUCUGCAAUCAGAGGUUUUGUGUUGGAGACAAGUUCUUCCUGAAGAACAACAUGAUUCUGUGCCAGACAGACUAUGAAGAGGGGCUAAUGAAGGAGGGCUAUGCUCCCCAGGUCCGCUGACCUUCACAGGCCAACAUGGAAGAAGAGGAAGAGUGGGAGGAACUCCAGAAAGAGUGCUAAUGCCUUCCUGUCCAUGUUCCCCACAUGUACAUAAGAAAGACUCCCUGAGAGGGAACACACACUGUUGUACAGAACAGCCAUAAAGACGACGUGGCAGGGAAAAGCCCUGGAAGCCUACAACAAACGUUAUCAUAUGAAAAACAUUUUUGGAUUUUUCUUUGUUCGCAAACGGUGGAUGCUGCCUUUUCCCACCCAACCAACAAAUACUGGCCUGAAAGGGAAUUUUUAACCAACAGCUGGCAUUGGUUGCUCUUUUAAAAAAGACUAGUCCCACCCACCGUCGCACCCAACUGCACUGCACAGUUCAACAGUCUGUGAUUGAAUCUGAACUAGACUGGGAUAUUGUCAAUCACUAAAACUGUGUGCUAAAGAACUGAGUAUAAAAGUAUAAAAUCCAUCCAGUUUGCCUCAAGUGUGGCAAAAUAAUACUUUUGGGAGUGCGUGUGUGCGUGUCGGUCCAUGUACAUCCUUUCAGGCUAAAGACUUCUGUCAUACGUCCUUCAAGGCUUUGCAUGGUUCGGGUGAUCCUUUCAGAAACGUGAAAUUCCACACCUGACAAACAAAAGUGAGAAACACUUAACUUUAUGCUGUAGGACCAUGCAGCAUUAACAUAGACAGCAAAAGGGAAUAUAUGUCAGACUUAACCAGGGUAAAAAUGGAAGUUAAUUGUGGACUUGAUAUUGGACAUUUUGGAUAAGGUAGACAAACAUCCAGCUCCUGAAGUUGCUUCAUGUCUGGAUGUGUAAAUAAGCAACUGUUUGCUAACACCUCAGUCAAAUGAUUCAUUGGGGAAUAGUACAGUAUGUCAGCUCCUUCUGCAGCCCACAAGUGUGUAAAAAAACUCUAUAAGAAAAACUUUAAGUGUAAUAGGACAGACUUAACGCCUAUAAGUGUGAGAUAUUUCCAUGGUUUGACAAGAGUUCCUAAAAUGCAGUAUUUUCAGUAUUUUGGACUGGGACUCUGCCACUAUGAUUCUGUGAUGGGUUGGUAUGUUGUUUUAGGUGGGGAUGGUCUUUCUUUUAUUAAAAACCUCCAGUCAAAGUGAAAUACUCAUGGACACCGAGAAUAUUUAAGUGGUUUGUAGAAUUUUGAACAUGGAUAGUUUCAGUCAUUUGCACUCACACAUGGCCACAACGCCUUCCUCCCACAGUGGGAAGUUUUCCUCGUCAGCUGAGAGGAAAACAUCUCAUCUUUCUGUAUGAGCCCCAUCUGAGCUCGUGGCACCAUUUCUUAGCAGGACAACAGGAAGAAGCUUCUCUAAUCUGUAAAUUGUGGAUGUACAUUCAUUUCUGCUUGCUUGUACAAUGAUUUCUUUUUAUGUGUCAUCCAGCAUGAGAAUCUUAUUUUUAGGACAAUGCUUGUAAAUACUAUAAUUGUAAUAAUUUUAAACACAAAUGUAAUAAAGUUUUAUUGUCUAACCAGUG